UGACGUUCGCUGGUUGCUGGUCCCGGUGCUGUGUUACCAAUUUUUGCCUGGACUUACUGAGCCUGGCAGUCCACGAUGUACCACAACAGCAGCCAGAAGCGGCACUGGACUUUCGCCAGUGAGGAGCAGCUGGCACGACUGCGGGCGGACGCCAACCGCAAAUUCAAAUGCAAAGCGGUAGCAAAUGGGAAGGUUCUUCCAAAUGAUCCGGUGUUUCUUGAGCCUUAUGAAGAAAUGACACUCUGCAAAUACUAUGAAAAAAGGUUAUUGGAAUUUUGUUCAGUUUUUAAGCCAGCAAUGCCACGGUCUGUUGUGGGUACAGCUUGUAUGUAUUUCAAGAGAUUUUACCUUAAUAACUCAGUAAUGGAAUAUCACCCUCGGAUAAUAAUGCUGACUUGUGCGUUUUUGGCCUGCAAAGUAGAUGAAUUCAAUGUGUCUAGUCCUCAAUUUGUUGGAAACCUGCGGGAGAGUCCUCUGGGCCAAGAGAAGGCACUGGAACAGAUUUUGGAAUAUGAACUACUCCUUAUACAGCAACUUAAUUUUCACCUUAUUGUCCACAAUCCUUACAGACCAUUUGAAGGCUUCCUCAUUGAUAUAAAGACUCGUUAUCCCAUGUUGGAGAAUCCAGAGGUUUUGAGGAAAACAGCUGAUGACUUUCUUAACAGAAUUGCAUUGACAGAUGCUUACCUUUUAUACACACCUGCUCAAAUAGCCCUGACUGCCAUUUUAUCUAGUGCCUCCAGAGCAGGAAUUACAAUGGAAAGUUAUUUAUCAGAGAGCCUAAUGCUAAGAGAAAACAGAACUUGCUUGUCACAGUUACUUGACACAAUGAAAAAUAUGAGAAAUUUAGUGAAAAAGUAUGAACCACCUAGAUCUGAAGAAGUUGCUGCUCUGAAGCAGAAAUUGGAACGUUGUCAUUCUGCUGAGCUGGGGCUUAAUGUAAUUACGAAGAAGAGAAAAGGCUACGAAGAGGAUGGCUAUGUAUCAAAGAAAUCCAAACAUGAGGAGGAAGAAUGGACUGAUGACGAUCUGGUAGAUUCUCUCUAAUGAUAUGUCAGUGCAAACUAAUCACCAGAAGUAGGAAGCAAAUCUGGAAGUGAACUUUAUUUAUUGAUGUGAAGUUAUCAAAUAUAUUACACUUUUCUA